UUUAAUGUAUUUAGCGCUUCAUUCGUACAUGGAACCCGACUAACACAAUUCACGUGGCAUUGUUCGUGGAUCGGCUUAUUUCCCGAAUUUCACAAUAACCAGAAUAACGUGGAUUUGAGGGUUUUACUUCAUGUGUUUAUUAUUAUUUUCAUCGAAACAAAGUCUGCCCUGCAUGUAGUCUUGUCGAAUGAUGUUAGCUGAAUAUAAUGUCGCCUUUCAAAGCCCAAGCAAUUUGGGUGAGGAACCAGUGUUUCUGAGUACCUACGAUGACCUGUUUCAAACGGAUCUGAUACAUGUGAGUGCCGAGGACACAGUCACAUUGAAUGGGCUUCAAGACAUUGUCAACCCUCUUUUAAACGAAGAUCUAGACGAAGCUUCUCUGCGACUGACGAGCGAGCACAGCCUGCAGGAUAGCAUGAAGGGCAAGACAGAGGCAGUGUGUGGCAGUCCAGGCAGUGACUACAUGUACUAUAGCAAUUCCUUCCUCACUGCACUGCAGGACCAGGAUGAUAUAGGGAAGAGUGAUGCCCAGUUAGCCAGCGAGUUGCUUCAGAGCGAUCUAGACCUAGCGUACAGCAUUGAAUUGUCCGACUCUGAUGAUAGUCUAGCCUACAGUCAUGACAGUACUCUCAGUGAUAUUACAUCUACCUCAUCCAGCCCAGGUAGUCCAACGACAAAGAGGAAAAAGCUUCAUCUACAAUGGAGUGAAAUGGACAGCGAUGAGCAAGCGAGGGAGCUAGAGCUUGUCACAAGAGCCAUCACAGAUAGCGCGAGUAUAAGAGAACAGCUAGAGCUCUUGCGCCUGAUUGGUCAAGACAUGACAGUACUUCCAUCCGACAGCAGGUUUCAAAUCGAUCCGUCCAAUAUUGAUGAUGAAAAACUGAAGAGUGUACGGGAGUAUUUGACCCAAGUGGCCCUCCAUAAAUCAGAGGCUAGUGCAGGGAGCUGUGAGGACCAACAGCAUGAGCCAAGGGAGCCCAGAUACAAAAAGACGCUUGAGAGGAGAGCGCAGCACAAAGCCCACAGGAAGAGAAGAAAUAAAGAACGCAAGCAAGGCUUGAAGGAAAAGCGCAGCAGGCUGUUUGACCAUGAAGUGGUGUUGUCUCUUCAGCUGCAAGAAGAUGAAGAUGAGGAGGUCAACAUCUUGGAUUGACAGUGGCUUCCCUUAGGACAUUUUAUAUAUCCUAUGAAAAGAUGGAUCAAAACACAGAAAUCACUUGUUAAUUUUGCAUCGUUCAAAUUUCAUUAUUGUCACUUUGUAAUCAACCAGUGCAUUUCAACAACUACUUAGGAUUUUUUUACGAAGAUUUUUUCAAGGACCAAAUUUAAGGACAUGAUUUUUAUAUUUGGGGAAAUGUUGAACAUUUCAGACUAUUUUUGUUGUAUUUUGAUGCAGUGUUUUAGACCAUCACAAGUCCGGUCACAAGUAAAUCACAAUUCACAAGUCCACAAGUGUAAUAAUGGGGUGAACCAUUCGUGAUCUGAGAGAUUUUGAACCGUUGGCACAGCAACGGAAUCACACAGCUGUAGCAAAGAUGGUGUUUGCCACUCACUAUGGGAUGGUCAUCUUCUUUGCUGACUAUCCAACAGCGAUACAUCGAGCUGAAAUUGCGUAUAGAAAUCUGUAAACACUACAGGUAUGACUCAUGUGUGUGCUGGCAUUGAGGACUGAUACAA